CAAAUCUUCAAAAACAUGAGAUCACUUCAAGUUUUUCUGAUUCUACUGACGUUGAACAUCGCUUUUGCUUUUUCAGGAGAUAAAUGUGCCGAUGGAACCUACAAAGAAGGAGAAACAUAUUCUAAUGAUGGAUGUGUUUCAUAUUAUUAUCGAUGUGUCAAUGGCAUAGCUGUGGAGAUGAAUUGUCCACCUGGCACGGUAUACGAUUCUAUAAUUGCAAGUUGUGAUUGGCCUGCUAAUGUUGAUGCUUGCAAAACGAGUGAGAUAAAAGAUUGCAAAGAUUCAAAUGGAAAUCCCGUUGCCACUAGCCCAGGUUAUACCAAACCAGGAGAUUGCAAUGGCGGCAUAUACUACGUAUGCAAAGACGGAAAAGAAGAACAACAAUCCUGUCCUGAUGGAUUAAUUUACGUUCCCGAAAUUCAACUUUGUAAUUGGGCAGGUAAUGUUCCCGACUGUGACGUUAUUCCUUCAACAAGUCCUGAAUCAGAGGACACUACAACAACAACAACUACCACUACAACAACUACCACAACAACUCCUGUAAUUAUUAUUACCGACAAGACAUCAAAUACUACUUCUACUACGACAACUACAACAACAACUACAGACAAUACACCAACAAGCACCAUUACCACCCCAACAACCCCAUUACCAACUACUACAACCACCAAAAAACCACAAGGAAAAAAAUAUGUCGGUUUCGUGGUUGAUGACACCGGAUCCAUGUCGAACGAAAUUAGAGGAGUCACUGAAUGGAUAAAAGGAUGUGUGGAUGGAACAAGUGAUUCGUGUGGAGAUUCCCCAACUGGGGGUUGGAUUGUUACAUCUUUUAAUGAUCCUAGCACUGGAAUAGUCGUUGGUCCCACAUUGGACACUGAUAUCAUAAUUACCGCAGUAGAUAAUUAUUAUCCACAUGGCGGAGGCGAUUGCCCGGAAAAAGCCUUCACUGGACUUCAAAACGCAGUGAAUGUAGUUCCAAGCAUGCACAGCGGAUGCAAAAUGUACCUCUUCACCGAUGCAACAGCAAUUGAUCAUUUGAUGUCAGAUGAUGUUACAAAUCAGUUUAAAUCGAAAAAUUGUGCAUUGAUCCCGAUUUUAACUGGAUGUUGUGGAACUUGUCCCGACGCUUGCGAGAGUACGGAUCCGGAUUAUUGCAUAAACCACGUGACCGAUACGACAAAGAGCAGUUCAGCAAGGAUUGCGCGUUCGACAUCAGAUGACGUUAAGACGCUGUUUUAUAGAAUGUCGGAACAAACUGGAGGAAAUAUUUACGUUACUAACAAGCCAAGUUCACCGGAUGAUAUGUUAGAUUUUCUCGAAGAAGAAGUGACUCUUGGAUUUUGCGGUUCGGAUGAUAUUGCAGGACCAUUACCUGAUGGAUACAAGUGUGAGGAAGACUGUUUGGCAAUGAAGAUGUGCUGGGAUAAAAGUGUCAGCAAGUGUUAUUGUAAACCAGGCGAAAUAUGUAUCAAUGAUCCAAUGCCGAUGGGAUAUUCCAGUUGUGCCGGAGAACAAAAGAUCGAGUGCGAUCCCGAUGUUGUGCAUCAAACCAUACCUGACCAGAAAGAUUGUUCUGGUUACUAUCAAUGCAAUUCGGGAAUCCUGUACCAUUUCAACUGUGCUAAAGGAACGAUCUUCAGUGCUGCCUCACCAUCCAAUUGUGAUCACCCUACAAACGUUCCACCACCCUGUGGCAGUAUGAUCACAUCCAGUGAUGUUAUUGUAUGAAUUUUGAAACUAUAAUACGAUAGUUACAAUGUGCUUUUUGCAAUUAAUUUGAAUUUAGUUAUGUUAACAAAUAUGUGAAAAUAUAAAAAGCAAUUAAUUCAAAAGGCUACAUCACAAUUAUUAUACGGUAUUUUUAGCCAUCUUUUAUUUCCUAAUUUCCGGUUAACGUGUGGUCAUGUAUUUGAUUGUAACACUGUCUUUUACCAAUUAUAGGUAUCAGAUAUUUUGCGGUGUAUUCAUAACCUAUACUCGCAAACUGAGGCUAACAAUAUCGUUGACUUAUUGUCUGUGAUGUAGUUUUUAUUUACAUAUAUCUCUUCAAAUAUAAUUCUUUACAUUUUAGUAAUCUUUUUUUUUUAUUACUGUACCUCUUACUCAAACGUGUAAUUUUCUGGAUGACAAAUAAAAUAUACAUCAAUAUUAAA